CCGUUUACCGUUUACUCUAGGAACCAAACGGAAGCAAAUGCACAGAGCAAACGGAACGAACGGGGAAGGAUCUACCUGAAUUUGUCCAAUAGAAACUCUCGUUUUCUUUGAAACUGUUUCCUUUACAAAACGUUUCGCAACGGAAUUCGACUAAUGAAUACACCAGUGAGUGAUAAGGGACCAGAUUUGAUAUUCAUGGGGCAAACCCGUGUAGGCCACACAGCUGGCCAAGUUUAGUCACAUGCUUGUUGUUAUUGUUCUGGUAGCCUAGUGCUUUCCUGAAUGGUCUGCACUCGAUCUAAACCUUUCUCCCAAUUCAGAGGCAUCAGAAUAAUAUUGUCUACAUUCGGAUUUGUAAUUACAGGAUUCUUCCAAAUAUUUAGGACGUUUGACUCGGAACGAUCGCGACGCAAAGGGGGAGUCAAUCAAAUACGCAUUGCGUCCCUUAUUUACCAACAUGACGGAAGACAAACAAAGUGUCAUCGAGGAAAAUUUGCAGGGUUCCUGGGUGGAGCUGCACUUUAACAAUGGCAACAGUGCUGGCUCACCAGCACAUGGGGCUGCUGGUGUGGAGGAAGAGCAGGUACCAGGCUCUGCCACUGAGGUACCAGGCUCUGCCACGGAGCUACCAGGCUCUGCCACUGAGCUACCAGGCUCUGCCACUGAGCUACCAGGCUCUGGGUUAGGUGCCUCUGCCUCAGUCCAUGGUGGAGACCUGAUGGCUGGGUCUACCUCUGCGUCGGUCCUGCCUGGGUCUCUCUCUGCCUCUACCCAGGGAGGUGACCUGAUUCCUGGGUCAGGGUCUGCGUCUGGCUCAGUCCAGGGAGGGGUGGACUUGGAGAAGAUGUUGUUAGACGCCCAGCACGAGUCAGGAAGAAGCAGCUCCAGGGGCAGUGUUCCCUGUGACAGUCCUCCGAGACCCCAGACUCCUUUGCUCCGCCGUGGCUCAGAAGUGCACAGCUCAGGAGAGAAGAACAGCUCACAGUCUGAAGAAGACUACCUAGAACGGAGACGUGAAGUGGAGAACCUGAUGAAGAAGAACGCAGACUGGAUCUGGGACUGGUCCAGUAGACCUGAGAACAUUCAACGCAAGGAGUUUGUUCUGAAGCAUCCCAAACGUAUCAACCCUCUCAGCAUCAGAAACACCAGCGUCAUGAAGAACGGAGGGAUCUUCUCUGCAGAGUUCCUCAAACUUUUCCUUCCUUCUCUGCUCAUAUCCCACGUACUGGCCAUCGGUCUGGGGGUGUACAUUGGGAGACGUCUAAGUACCUCAGUGACCAGUACCUUCUAAAGGGACACUCCACUGGACUGGAACAACAUGUUUUUUAGGCUCCAACACCGUUACCUUCCACUGCUGCUAGCUUUGAAGUGGUUCGCUUAUUAGAUACAGAUAGGCAACAUCUGUCAUGUGUCCCCCAACUCCACUCAAAUACAUGGCUCAAAAUGGCACCCUAUUCCCUACAUAGUGCACUACUUUUGACCAGAUCUCUAAUGGCUCUGGUUAAAAGUAGUGCACUACAUAGGGUAUAGGGUUCCAUUUGGGACACACUUCCUUUUUGUUUUCCCCUGGCGGUGAGCAGUCCACCCUGCCUGUAUCUGUAUUGUACCCCUGUGAAUACUGUUGGCUUUUCCUUUAGUUCCCAGAGCUGCUUUUUAAAUAACCCUGCUCCACUGGAAAGUAGAACCCGGUGUUCCUCCUCCAUCUCACUGGACGAUCUCUGGGUAGGGGGGGCCAUCUUAUAAUCAACCUUUUAAGAGCCAUCGUUGUCAACGGCUAGCUAGCUAGCUAGCGUUCACUGUCAGUCAUUUUCAAGCCAUUUUAUCUUGCUCCGAGUUGAGACAUUUUUUUGUAGUAGAAGACUUUUGAGGUAAUGACAUUACAGUAAGAAGGUGAUGAUACAGAAAAGCAUUGUGAAUUUCUCAGCGUUGAGAUAUGUACGGAGAAGAAAAGGGAGUGGGUCAGACAAGAAAGCUGGACGUUGUAUUUUAGGGAGCUGUUGCUUGUUUUAUCAGAAUGUCCUUGGUUUUGGGGGGAAAAAGGGAUCAAGACAUUCAACCGAAAUGUUAUUUCUGACCCGGAUCCUUCUCAUGGAUCAUGAAGGGCUUUAAUAAUAAAACAAGGUUUCAGGAGAAAUGAAAAAGGUUUGAAAUAGAUCAACCUUGAAAAGUGUUUGAGGAAGUAGAAGGAGAAUGAAUGUACGGAGCAUCUUCCAUUAGAUCCCAGAUUAGGUCGAACGGGAGCGUCGGGGUUUUGGUUCUGUCGGCACCUUUCAGUUUAUUGGUGUUAUUUUUUCACUCAGGGUUGUUUUCUGUGACAACAAGGUGUCCCGUUCACUGAAUAUGCAUGUGUAUGGGUAGAAUUGUACAUUAGAUGUGGCACUAUGUAAACCGGAAGUGUUUUAAUGGUCGGUGGCAUGUUAAUGGUCUACGUGACCAUUUGAAAUACACUAAAACAGCUUUUCUACCACGACUGCAUAAGACCACACAUCCCCAUAUCAAAUAUUUUAGGGGAAAAUAUAGACUUUCACACUUGUAAUCAUGAGGGAAUUUAGAAAUCUUUUAUUUUUGCCUUACUUAUACUUCACUCCUAAUUAAAUACGAAAUCUCAGUAUCCAGAAUGCUUCAGUAUUUUUUUGUUCUAAGAAUGAAGAGAGCAACAGAGGCUUUCCUGAGUUAUGCCUUGAAAAGGCAUUACCAAUCUGUUUCUGCAUGUCUUGUAGAGCUGGUCAACAUGUCAAGUGUCUAUGUGAAUUUGUAAAACUGUUUUGUAUGAACAGUUGGAAUUGUAUCUGAAAAAUAAAAUGGUUGAAUCAUAAAAAUA